CCGCGCAUGCGCGUAGGGGCGCAGCCGUUGGCGGGAGGCUUUGGUGGGAUGGCGGCAGCCGGCGGUGAGGGGACGGAGGGGGACUCGGAUGGGGGUAGUGAGGAACUGGUGCUCACCCCGGCGCAGCUCAUCCACAGCUUGGAGCAGGCCUGGCUGAAUGAGAAGUUUGCUCCAGAGCUGCUGGAGAGCAAACCUGAGAUCAUUGAGUGUGUUGUGGAGCAGCUGGACCACAUGGAGGAAAACCUGAAACGGGCAAAGAGAGGAGACUUGAAGGUCAGCGUUCACCGCAUGGAGAUUGAAAGGAUCCGUUAUGUGCUCAGCAGCUACUUGCGAUGUAGGCUUGUGAAGAUAGAGAAGUUUUUCCCCCAUGUCCUGGAGAAGGAGAAGUCUCGAGCCGAAGGGGAGCCUUCCAUUCUAUCACCAGAGGAGUUUGCUUUUGCUAAAGAGUACAUGGCAAACACGGAGACUUAUCUGAAAAACGUGGCCCUAAAACACAUGCCGCCCAACCUGCAGAAAGUGUCUCUGCUAAAAUCAGUUCCAAAGCCCAACCUGGACUCCUUUGUGUUCCUGAGGGUGUUGGAGCGGCAGGAGAACAUCCUGGUCCAGCCAGAGAUGGACGAGCAAAGAGACUACACCAUCGACCUGGAGGAGGGCUCACAGCACCUGAUCCGGUACAAGACCAUCGCUCCGCUGGUGGCCUCGGGAGCGGUGCAGCUCAUCUGAGGGGCGAGCGGUA